AUGGACGUGGACGUGGACGUGGACGUGGACGUGGACGUGGACGUGGACGUGGACGUGGACGUGGACGUGGACGUGGACGUGGACGUGGACGUGGACGUGGACGUGGACGUGGACGUGGACGUGGACGUGGACGUGGACGUGGACGUGGACGUGGACGUGGACGUGGACGUGGACGUGGACGUGGACGUGGACGUGGACGUGGACGUGGACGUGGACGGACGUGGACGUGGACGUGGACGUGGACGUGGACGUGGACGUGGACGUGGACGUGGACGUGGACGUGGACGUGGACGUGGACGUGGACGUGGACGUGGACGUGGACGUGGACGUGGACGUGGACGUGGACGUGGACGUGGACGUGGACGUGGACGUGGACGUGGACGUGGACGUGGACGUGGACGUGGACGUGGACGUGUGGACGUGGACGUGGACGUGGACGUGGACGUGGACGUGGACGUGGACGUGGACGUGGACGUGGACGUGGACGUGGACGUGGACGUGGACGUGGACGUGGACGUGGACGUGGACGUGGACGUGGACGUGGACGUGGACGUGGACGUGGACGUGGACGUGGACGUGGACGUGGACGUGGACGUGUGGGACGUGGACGUGGACGUGGACGUGGACGUGGACGUGGACGUGGACGUGGACGUGGACGUGGACGUGGACGUGGACGUGGACGUGGACGUGGACGUGGACGUGGACGUGGACGUGGACGUGGACGUGGACGUGGACGUGGACGUGGACGUGGACGUGGACGUGGACGUGGACGUGGACGUGGACGUGGACGUGGACGUGGACGUGGACGUGGACGUGGACGUGGACGUGGACGUGGACGUGGAGUGGACGUGGACUGACGUGGACGUGGACGUGGACGUGGACGUGGACGUGGACGUGGACGACGUGGACGUGGACGUGGACGUGGACGUGGACGUGGACGUGGACGUGGACGUGGACGUGGACGUGCGUGGACGUGGACGUGGACGUGGACGUGGACGUGGACGUGGACGUGGACGUGACGUGGACGUGGACGUGGACGUGGACGUGGACGUGGACGUGGACGUGGACGACGUGGACGUGGACGUGGACGUGGACGUGGACGUGGACGUGGACGUGGACAUGGACGUGGACGUGGACGUGGACGUGGACGUGGACGUGGACGUGGACGUGGACGUGGACGUGACGUGGACGUGGACGUGGACGUGGACGUGGACGUGGACGUGGACGUGGACGUGGACGUGGACGUGGACGUGGACGUGGACUGGACGUGGACGUGGACGUGGACGUGGACGUGGACGUGGACGUGGACGUGGACGGGACGUGGACGUGGACGUGGACGUGGACGUGGACGUGGACGUGGACGUGGACGACGUGGACGUGGACGUGGACGUGGACGUGGACGUGGACGUGGACGUGGACGUGGACGUGGACGUGGACGUGGACGUGGACGUGGACGUGGACGUGGACGUGGACGGACGUGGACGUGGACGUGGACGUGGACGUGGACGUGGACGUGGACGUGGACGUGGACGUGGACGUGGACGUGGACGUGGACGUGGACGUGGACGUGGACGUGGACGUGGACGUGGACGUGGACGUGGACGUGGACGUGGACGUGGACGUGGACGUGGACGUGGACGUGGACGUGGACGUGGACGUGGACGUGGACGUGGACGUGGACGUGGACGUGGACGUGGACGUGGACGUGGACGUGGACGUGGACGUGGACGUGGACGUGGACGUGGACGUGGACGGGACGUGGACGUGGACGUGGACGUGGACGUGGACGUGGACGUGGACGUGGACGUGGACGUGGACGUGGACGUGGACGUGGACGUGGACGUGGACGUGGACGUGGACGUGGACGUGGACGUGGACGUGGACGUGGACGUGGACGUGGACGUGGGACGUGGACGUGACGUGGACGUGGACGUGGACGUGGACGUGGACGUGGACGUGGACGUGGACGUGGACGUGGACGUGGACGUGGACGUGGACGUGGACGUGGACGUGGACGUGGACGUGGACGUGGACGUGGACGGGACGUGGACGUGGACGUGGACGUGGACGUGGACGUGGACGUGGACGUGGACGUGGACGUGGACGUGGACGUGGACGUGGACGUGGACGUGGACGUGGACGUGGACGUGGACGUGGACGUGGACGUGGACGUGGACUGGGACGUGGACGUGGACGUGGACGUGGACGUGGACGUGGACGUGGACGUGGACGUGGACGUGGACGUGGACGUGGACGUGGACGUGGACGUGA